UCCCAGAUGGGAUAAGCGGUCAAGAUGUUCAGCUUCGAAGGGGACUUCAAGACGAGGCCCAAGGUGUCCCUCGGAGGCGCCAGCAGGAAGACUGCUCCUGUUUUGUCAGCGCACCAGUGGGAAAAUACUGACUCAACACAGAGAAGAUAAGAUAAAGUGCCUCAAGCUCAAAGGCCAGAUAGAGAAGCUUGGUGUCAUUUGCUCCUGUUUACAUAUCGAUGAGAAGAUGCAGCGUCCCGGCUGUGGAGGAAGAAAAGGCUUCUCUUUUACAUCGUACUCAGGAAGAAAGAAGAAAGAGAGAGGAGGAACGGCGAAGACUGAAGAACGCGGUGAUCAUACAGUCAUUUAUACGAGGCUGCAGAGACCGGAGGCAGCAACACGCCCUCCGGAGAAGCGCCUUCGAUCGCUGCGCCAGUGCCUCACAGCCGGGGGGCACUUUCUCCGUCGCCAGCGGGCCCAACCUUACCCUCCUGGUGAGGCAGCUGCUGUUUUUCUACAAGCAGAGCGAAGACUCAAAACGUCUGAUAUGGAUGUAUCAGAACUUGAUCAAACACAGCUCUCUGUUUGUCCAGCAGUUGGACGGGUCCGAGAGACUCACGUGUCUGUUUCAGAUAAAGAGGCUGAUGAGCCUCGGCUGCAGGUUACUGCAAAGCUGUAGCGAUGACAGUUUGAAUGUCGCACUUCCGAUGAGGAUGCUUGAGGUGUUUUCGUCUGAGAAUACGUACUUGCCUGUUUUGCAAGACGCUAGCUAUGUGGCGUCCGUCAUUGAACAGAUCUUGCACUACAUGAUUCAGAAUGGGUAUUAUAGAUCUCUCUAUUUGUUAAUUAACAACAAGCUUCCAUCAAGUAUUGAAUAUUCUGAUUUAUCUCGAGUUCCUAUAGCAAACAUUUUGCUAGAGAAUGUUCUGAAACCAUUGCACUUUACUUACAACUCCUGUCCAGAAGGUGCAAGACAGCAAGUGUUCAGCGCCUUCACUGAGGAGCUUUUGGCAGCACCUUUCACAGAUCAGAUUUUCCAUUUCAUCAUUCCAGCCUUAGCGGACACGCACGCUGCUUUCCCGUACGAGCCCUUCCUGAAUGCACUGUUGUUACUGGAGAGCAGGUGCUCCAAGACAAGCAGUGGGGCACCGUGGCUCUUCUUCUUUGUCUUAACGGUUGGCGAGCAUUACCUGGGGACCCUCUCCGAGGAAGGACUGCUGGUGUACUUGAGGGUGCUCCGCACCUUUCUGUCUCAGCUCCCAGUUGCACCUGCCGGCGCGAGCUGUCCGGACUCGGCCAGCGACUCGGAAGAUGAGGCUGAAGAGGCAGACAAGCAGCCAAGCGCCCCGGAGGACGGCCGGCUGUCGGUGCCCUACAUCACCGAGGAGUGUCUCAAGAAGCUGGACACGAAGCAGCAGACCAGCACCCUGUUGGCCCUGGUGUGGAGGGACUCCGCCAGCGAGGAGGCCUUCACCUUGAUGGCGUCCAUUGGCCACACGCUCAUGGUGCAGCACCGGAUGGCGGUGCCCAGAGUCAGGCUUCUCUACAGUUUAGCCUUUAAUGCCAGGUUUCUGAGACACCUGUGGUUUCUCAUCUCUUCCAUGACAACACGGAUGAUCACAGGGUCUAUGGUGCCGCUGCUGCAGGUGAUCUCCAGGGGCGCCCCCAUGUCUUUGGACGACUCCAGCCGGAUCAUACCUCUCUUCUACCUGUUUAGCUCUCUGUUCAGUCACUCGCUAAUUUCCAUACAUGACAAUGAAUUCUUUGGAGAUCCCAUAGAAGUUGUAGGUCAAAGACAAUCAUCAAUGAUGCCUUUUACUCUGGAAGAGCUGAUAAUGUUGUCUCGCUGCCUUCGAGAUGCCUGCCUAGGGAUCAUCAAGUUGGCUUAUCCAGAAACAAAGCCGGAAGUUCGAGAAGAAUAUAUUACCGCAUUUCAGAGUAUCGGAGUUACAACCAGUUCUGAGAUGCAGCAGUGCAUACAGAUGGAGCAGAAGCGAUGGGUUCAGUUAUUUAAGGUGAUCACCAAUCUAGUGAAAAUGCUGAAGUCCAGAGACACGAGGAGAAAUUUCUGCCCUCCAAAUCACUGGCUGUCGGAACAAGAAGACAUUAAAGCAGAUAAGGUCACCCAGCUCUACGUCCCGGCUUCCCGACACGUGUGGAGGUUCCGGCGGAUGGGGAGAAUCGGCCCCCUGCAGUCGAGCCUGGACGUGGGUUUGGAGUCCCUGCCUCUCUCUGUGUCGGAGGAGCGACAGCUGGCCAUCCUGACUGAGCUGCCCUUCGUGGUUCCGUUCGAGGAGCGGGUCAAGAUCUUUCAAAGGUUGAUUUAUGCAGAUAAGCAAGAAGUUCAAGGAGAUGGUCCAUUUCUGGAUGGAAUUAAUGUCACAAUAAGAAGAAAUUAUAUUUAUGAAGAUGCUUAUGACAAACUUUCCCCAGAAAAUGAGCCUGAUUUGAAAAAGCGGAUCCGUGUGCACUUACUGAACGCCCAUGGCCUGGAUGAAGCCGGCAUUGACGGUGGCGGUAUUUUCAGAGAGUUUCUGAAUGAACUGCUCAAGUCAGGCUUUAACCCCAACCAGGGCUUCUUCAAGACCACUAAUGAAGGGCUCCUGUACCCCAGCCCGGCCGCUCGGAUGCUCGUGGGAGACUCCUUUGCGAGACACUACUACUUCCUGGGCCGGAUGCUUGGAAAGGCGCUGUACGAAAACAUGCUGGUGGAACUGCCCUUCGCCGGCUUCUUCCUGUCCAAACUGCUUGGCACCAGCGCGGAUGUGGACAUCCAUCAUCUGGCCUCGCUCGACCCCGAAGUGUACAAGAAUCUGCUUUUCCUCAAGAGCUACGAAGGCGACGUGGAGGAGCUGGGGCUGAACUUCACCGUGGUGAACAACGACCUGGGGGAGGCGCAGGUGGUCGAACUGAAAUUUGGUGGCAAAGACAUCCCUGUGACGAGUGCCAACAGGAUUGCGUACAUCCACCUCGUGGCUGACUACAGGCUGAACAGGCAGAUCCGCCAGCACUGCCUGGCCUUCAGACAGGGCCUGGCCAACGUGGUGAACCUGGAGUGGCUGCGGAUGUUCGACCAGCAGGAGAUCCAGGUAUUGAUUUCUGGUGCACAAGUCCCCAUAAGUCUGGACGACCUCAAAUCGUUUACAAACUAUUCAGGAGGCUACUCGGCCGACCACCCGGUCAUCAGAGUCUUCUGGAGGGUCGUGGAAGGCUUCACGGACGAGGAGAAGCGCAAGCUGCUCAAGUUCGUCACGAGCUGCUCCCGCCCGCCUCUCCUGGGCUUCAAGGAGCUGUACCCCGCGUUCUGCAUCCACAACGGAGGCUCCGACCUGGAGCGGCUGCCCACGGCCAGCACCUGCAUGAACCUGCUCAAGCUGCCGGAGUUCCACGACGAGUCGCUGCUGCGCAGUAAGCUGCUGUACGCCAUCGAGUGCGCUGCUGGCUUCGAGCUGAGCUGAGCGGACGCGGCGCCACCCCCUGAGGAGCGACCAGGGCCCGCACCGCGGGCAGCACCCCCGGCCGCGAGGGCGCUGGGGCCGGACUCCUGCAGCUCUCCUGCCCCCCGUCCCUCCCUCCCCUCCCCCUCGUUCCAGAUGGUCCGUGAAGUCGUGGUCACUCACUCAGAUGGACACUGCUUUUCCGACAACGUAGACUCACAAGCGUUACGUGCCAUGUGGCUACUGCGGUGGCUGUGCCGAAAGGGGCGCCGUGUUAAGACUAGUGGCAACUCAGUGAAAUUAACCAAAGAAGAAGCUUUGGCUUUGCUAGUGGACUUGAGCCCUUCCUGAGCUGGGGGGCCGGGGGGCGGCAGCGCGGGUGCUCGUCGGCAGAGAUGCCCGGUCUGAGAGGUGGAGGCGCAUCCUCUCGGGGCUCCUGCUUCUCGUGUGGCGGAAUUGUUUACAGUCCUGAUUGUUCAAACUGAAGGCAUUUUCUCUCCUGCUGCCUUUUCCCAAAGUGGUUAGGUUUGGAAAAUACACAGCAAUGAUAAUAUUUUAUUUGUGCUUUUUAAGCCAUUCCCCUGAACAGGACGAGCAUGCUUGUUUCGGUUUACGCUGACCGCAUCGUGCCGGUCCGGCUGUUCCUGUGUGGGGGUGUGUGCGGGCGGACGUCGUGCUCCCGCGUCCAGCUCCAAGCGCGGCUGCGGGCUUCCGGGAGAGGGGAGGGGCUCGCCUGUCCCGCAGCGCGUGUGGCCCGGGAUCGGCGGCAGCUGGGGGAGAGCAGACACUGGCAUCGAUCUGAGUCACUUGAACCAAAGUGGCGGGCUGCGGCUUUGCACUGGGCACGGCCUGCUGUGGCGGGACCUCGAGGCCGCCCGCCCUCCGCACCCCGGGGCCGCGCCCGCCCCUCUCCCCGGUCCCUGGGCAGUGCGCCAGGCUUUUGCACCCUCUGCUUCUCGACGGUGCUGCUCCGGAGGAAGACCGGACAGCCCCCGUCGCGUGUCCGGGGUGAGGGGUGCUGGUGACUCUCUUCAAAAGGCACUUUAUCAGGACCUACCUUGUUGCUGGGUGAUGUUGGCCUCUGAGAGCGGGGAGCGCGUCUGAGCACCCACUGGGAGAGCCAGACUGACCCUCGCUGACGCUGGGGGCUUGAGGGCUCUCGCUCUGACCUCCCUCUGCCUCACCUAGCGUUUCCUGUCACUGGGGCUGUGGGCUGUCCUAUGGAAUUGACCAGAAUUAGCAAUAUGCUUUUAAAUGCGGGGAAACUGAAUGACACUUUUAAGACAAUGACCAUAUCAAAACAAAAUGUAUAAUUUCAUAAUUUGAAUAAUAAAUUAAGUGUUUAAAUGCUA